UUAUUUAUAGGCAUAUUUUGUACCAUUUCCCUCUGCACGUACGCUGCCAGCAUCUCCUAUGACUUGAGCCGGCUCCCGAAGCUAAUUUACAGCCUGCCCGCUGAUGUGGAACACGGCUACAGCUGGUCUAUCUUUUGCGCCUGGUGCAGUUUAGGCUUCACGGUGGCAGCUGGAGGUCUCUGCAUCGCCUAUCCAUUUAUUAGCCGGACCAAGCUUGCACAUCUAAAGAGCGGCCGGGACUCCACGGUAUGACUGUGUGCCAGCACCUUCCCUGCGCGGAGGCCCAGUCCUGGAGCAGCGGACUGUUGAAGGGUGGGAAGCAGAGCCCACGUCAGGAUCCCAAGCACAACUCGAUCAAACAUUCCAGCCUGUUGCCUGCCAACCCUUCCUGGAUGACUGAUAGCCAAUCAUGCAAAACCUCUCGACCUUUCUGAGGACAAGACUACUGUGGAUUCAAGUGCUUUAAUGACUUCCUGCUUGGACGGUGUGCAGCGGUGAGCAGGGCCAUGGGCCCGCUCUAGGUUCAGAACAGAGGAAAUGGCAGUGGGAACCCUCUGCGUGGUCUCCCCGGAAUUCCAAAAGUUUGUAUAUAACCAUCACCUGAGAGUCAUUCCUAUUUGCAAACUGGCUCCUCACAAAGCGCGUAUCAUUGUCCUGUCUGCUUGCUCGCGUUGAACCCAGCAUCGCCAGUGCUGGUCCUGAUGGUGCCUGGUUGCGUCUGCACCAAAGACUUGUGCGGUUUUUUGCAACUGUUUCUCAUCACAGGAAGAUUCUUCUCUGUUGACUUAUUGUUUUUUGGGUUUUAUUUUCUUUUCCUUUCCACCCCCCAUUGAAGUCUCUUCUCUGUCUUUGGACUGGACUAGAUGUCACGAGAUGAAACAGUUCAACUGUGUAUAAAAAAGCUACUCCGCGACACUAUGCAGUAUUGUUUGAAGUUCUGUCUGCCGUCUGAAGUUAUCCGUCUCUUUAUGUUAACUGGAUUUCUGCAUUAAAUAACUGCCCCUUGUUAA